UUUCUUGAUUUUUCUAGCCAACGAUUUCUUCGAAACUCAUUCAAAUUUUUCAGUUUUCGUUAGAAACACAUUAUUUUUUUGACGUUUGGCGCUUUAUUUUGUAUCGCUUUAUUCAGAUUUAGAUUUGAACUGAUAUAGCAGUUUUGAUUGAACUUAUCUGCUGAGGAUAAUUCUGACCGCACCAGACAUGAAGUUUGAGCCUUUGCCCUCUUAUGUUGUUCCUAAAGUGUACGAUCUGACUGUGGACUCUGACCUUGAGAGUUUUACCUUCACAGGCAAACUUACAGUGGAUAUUACUGUUUCACAGCCAACAAAGGAAGUACUGUUGAACUCACUGGACCUCGAUGUGUCAUCUGCCGUGCUGAGUCAGGGCAAGAAAACUGUGAAGGGCACGGUCAAUUAUAUCAAGGAUGAAGAGAGGAUUUCUGUAUCAUUCGAUGAGAGUUUGAGCUUUGGUGAUGCUCAUUUGGCAAUCGAGUACAAUGGACGUAUCAAUAGCACCUUGCGAGGAUACUACAGAACAGAAGACUCCUCCCACCCAGGCAAAUUUCAGACAGUGACCCAAUUCCAAGCUACAGAUGCCAGAAGGGCGUUUCCCUCUUGGGACGAGCCAGCUAUCAAAGCGCAGUUUGACAUUACUCUCAUCGUGGACAAGGAACUAACGGCACUGAGCAACAUGCACGAAGUGUCAAGUGAACCGUUGCCUGGGAACAAAAAUAGAAAAGUCGUGAAGUUUGCACGUACUCCAUUGAUGUCAACCUACCUCGUGGGCUUCAGUGUGGGGCGUUUCGACUUCGUGGAAAGAAAAGAUAAAAACGGAGUAUUACACAGAGUAUAUGCGGACCAAGGCAGACAGGCGGAAAGUGAGGUGCCGUUGGAACUGUCUGUGAAGUCGCUGGAGAUUCUGACUGACUUCUUCAACAUUAAGUACCCCCUGGCCAAGUGCGACAAUUUAGCUGUUCAGAGAUUAGACUUUGGGGCGAUGGAGAACUGGGGCAUGGUGACAUACAGAAGUUCUGUUCUCCUUGUGAAUCCUAAAGGGACGCCCAAUGAUUACUUGCAGAUAGUGCAUGAAAUAAUUGCCCACGAGCUAUCUCAUCAAUGGUUCGGAAACUUAGUCACUAUGCAGUGGUGGACCGAAAUAUGGCUGAACGAAGGGUUUGCGUCGUUCCUGCAACAACUGGUACCUGACUUGAUCCGACCUGACUUCGAUAUGUGGGCCCAGUUUGUAAGUGGACGCCUCUCGUCUGCAUUCACACUGGAUAGUCUCAGGACCUCACACCCUGUCGAAGUUGACAUCGGACACCCGAGCGAGGUGGACGACGUCUUUGACACCAUUAGUUACGAUAAGGGCUGUUCGCUCAACAGAAUGCUCUAUUUCUUCCUCGGAAAAGAAAGGUUCACUCAGGGUCUCACCAACUAUUUAAAUCACUUCGCAUACAAGAAUGCAACUACUAUCGACCUGUGGAACUUCCUUGGAGAAGCUGCGGGUCUGGAUUUGAAAUCUAUGAUGCAAUCUUGGACCAGAAAAACUGGCUUCCCUGUUGUGACAAUUGAAGAAAUGGUUCAACUCUCUCCAACUAAGAGACAGUUCAAACUUACUCAGAAACGCCAUUUGGACGCUGGAAGUGAAGACGAACUAAAAACUUUGUGGAACAUUCCAAUAUCAGUCAUCACCAAAAGUAGUCCGGAUAAAAAAGUUGCAACAUUUGUAAUGAAGGAAAAGAUGGAGAUAGUUGAAGUUGAAGGCGUCGGGGAAUCCGAUUGGUUUCACUUCAACCCUGGCUUUGUGGGCAUGUACCUCAUCAAGUACCCUAAAGAGAACAUCAAUCUCUUGAAAGACGCUAUUGUACAAUCUCCCAAUGGAGAAAUCUUAUCAGCCGAAAGUCGUGCCUGUGUAUUGUUCGAAAUGCUGCGCCUCGCUACCUCGGGGGAAAUUCCUGUCACAGAUUUGCUGGAGUUCUUAUGUGUGUUUAAGCAAGAUAGCCAUUACCUUAUAUGGCAUUGUGUGAUAGCUGUGUUCAAAUCUUUGAGUGGCUUCUUCUACGGGUCUGGCUGCGACCAGGAAAAGUUGAAGAAAUUCAAAUUGGGAAUUUUGGAGAAUAUAAUAACCAAAUGCGGAUUCGAAGAAAUGACCAAGAAUAAGAACUCGCAUUUGGCCGGCUUGCUUUGCACGAUGAUUCUGAAUGAGUUGGGAAGUAUUGGGCACCCAGAGACAGUAGAUGAGUGCAGAAAACUUUUCACGAAGAAGGUCACGCUCGGAGAAUCGAUCCCGGUUCAAUUGAGGGAAACCGUUCUAAAAACUGUGGCUAUUAACACAACUAGCGUAGAAGAUCUGGAUGCACUUAUUGAACUUUAUGAUCAGGCUUCUUCGGCGGAUGAGCGCAAGAGCGUUGCAGUGGCACUGGGAUGUAUGCAAACCGAAGAACUGGCGAAGAAGUCGAUUGAGUUUGUAAUGUCUCCUAGCUGUCAGAUAGAAAGCAACCAAGUCUCCUUUUUCCGUGGUUUCGCCUACUCAUACCAACUAGGAGAUUUCUUGAUUAAAUACUGCGCGGUAAGAAAAUGUUCGGUUGCAACGUAGUUGCAAAG